AUGAUCUACCCGCUCGCCGCACCGCUCUGCCUCACCAUCGCCGGCGCUUUUAUUGCCGCCGGUACACUCUCGGAGACGGCCGCUCCCUUUGCCUUCACGUGGGGCGUGCCGCUGUCUUUCGCCGGGCUCAUGGUCGUCAUGUGGUCUGGCGAUGGCUUGUCCUACCUGAUGCUGCUCGCGAGCGCGCUCAGCAUUGCCCGCAGCGGUUGCAGCACGGCGGCGCCACCGCCCGAUGCCUUCGCGGCGGCUGCGUGCGACGCUGUGCUGGGCUUGCCGCCGCUGGCGCUGCCGCUGCUCUCGGUCGUGCCGCCGGCGACCCUGGUUGCGCGCUUCGGCCCGGACGACCCGUGCUUGACCGCGUGGCUGGCGAGCACUCUGGUGUCUCUCGUUCCGGCGCUGCCGCCCGACGUGCAGGCGCUGGCGUGGCAGCCGGGCGUCGUCUCGUCCGCGCUAAUCUUCUUCAACGCGUACUGCAUGCUGCGCACGCGCCGCGCCAAGACCGCCGAAGCGAUUCCGCAGAGCAAGAAGGUUUCGUAG